CCUCUUAUGUAUGUGGCAUAUAUGAAUCUUGAAUUAUCCAAAAUGACCCCAAGAAGAGCUGCAUCUUCCCAUUGAACCACCAUCAAUGGAAGCUUGGUAGCAUAUACUCUAAGCCCUUAUAGUUUAUUCUCUAUUUUCAAUUUUCACUCAACCUGAAAAGAGAAUAUCCAUUUUAAGACACCCUUCCAUCUCUUCUCUGGGUCCCUGGAAUCUCAUAAUAAUAAUUAGUCUUGACAACAAAUAUUAAUCAAUUUCAACACUCCAACCCCAACUCAUUCUCCUACAAGUAACAACUCAGCUUCGAUAAUUAUAUAUAUAUAGUAGUAUAUAUAAUCAUCAAUCAUUAUGCCUAUUCAGACUUUAUCUAAAAAUCCCACCUUUAGUUUACCCUCUUGUUGUUCUCCAAGUAGUUCUUUCUCAGCUUUGUGUAAUUCAAGAAUUGCUUUGAAGCCUUCUUGUUUUUGUUGUUUUGGAGCAAGACCCAUUAGUUUGUUUAGCAAAAAGAUUCAGUCUUUACAGUCUAGAGGGCAGUUUAGAGGUGUUGAAUUGAGGUGUAGAAAAGGGCUUAAACCCAUUGUUGUGAGAAGCAAAAUGACAAUUUCUGAGAUUAGGGAGGAUGGAGAAGAGGAGAAUCCUCCUCCUUUUGUUGAAUCAGAAAUUAGUAAUAGGCCGCGGCGAAUUGCUCUCUUUGUAGAGCCCUCUCCUUUUGCUUAUGUGUCUGGGUACAAAAAUCGUUUCCAGAAUUUCAUCAAAUAUCUACGUGAAAUGGGUGAUGAGGUGAUGGUUGUGACAACUCAUGAAGGAGUUCCAGAAGAAUUUCAUGGAGCACAGCUGAUAGGAUCACACAGCUUCCCUUGUCCAUGGUAUCAAAAAGUACCACUUUCCCUAGCACUCAGCCCGAGAAUAAUAUCCAAGGUUUCAGAGUUUAAGCCUGAUAUAAUCCAUGCAUCAUCCCCUGGUAUCAUGGUAUUUGGCGCUCUUAUCAUUGCAAAAUUAUUGUCUGUUCCAAUUGUUAUGUCCUAUCAUACACAUGUGCCAGUCUACAUCCCAAGAUACACUUUCAGUUGGCUAGUCCAGCCCAUGUGGUGGGUCAUAAAAUUUCUACAUAGAGCAGCCGAUCUGACACUAGUUCCGUCAGCUGCCAUUGCCAAGGAUCUGCUGACAGCCAGAGUAGCAGCAUCUAAUCAGAUACGCCUCUGGAACAAGGGAGUUGACUCUGAAAGCUUUAAUCCAAAAUAUCGUUCUCAUGAGAUGAGAUUACGUUUGAGCAAUGGUGAACCUGAUAGACCUUUGAUUGUUCACGUUGGGCGCCUAGGAGUGGAGAAGAGUUUGGAUUUCCUGAAAAGGGUCAUGGACAGGCUUCCAGAAGCCCGCAUUGCUUUUAUUGGAGAUGGACCAUAUAGGGCUGAGCUAGAAGAAAUAUUCUCUGGCAUGCCUGCCGUAUUUACCGGGAUGCUACAAGGAGAGGAGCUCUCUCAGGCAUAUGCUAGUGGAGAUGUAUUUAUAAUGCCUUCAGAAUCAGAGACAUUGGGGCUCGUCGUUUUGGAAGCAAUGUCAUCUGGACUUCCUGUCGUGGCAGCCCGGGCUGGGGGAAUUCCAGAUAUCAUUUCUGACGAUCAGCAGGGUAAGACCGGUUAUCUCUACAAUCCCGGAGAUCUCGAAGACUGCUUAAGCAAAUUGGAACCUCUUCUGCAUGAUUCGGUUUUAAGAGAAAGUAUUGGAAAAUCUGCCCGCGAGGAAAUGGAGAAGUAUGACUGGAAGGCAGCCACAGCAAAGAUUCGAAACCAACAGUAUAACGAUGCCAUUUGGUUCUGGAGAAGGAAAAGAGCUCAGCUACUGAGCCCUUUACAGUGGUUUACAAAUAUGUUUCAGUCACCAGAAGCCAAGUACAGGUAAUUCAGGUAAGUGUAUCUAGCCAUAUCUGUGCAGUUAAGUGGUUCACAGCAAGUGUCCGACUCUCUAAUUUGUCGAUUUAUAUAAUGUAGGCCAUAGUAUUUCUCCUGUUAGUACCGCUUUGUAUAUCUGGUCUUGAAUGUGUUGUCAAUGUAAUAAACGUGCGAAAAUCAGCUACAUGUAACAUUCGAUUAUUUGAUUUGUAUGUAAUGUUUGUCAGUAUGGUUCGGAUUA